GGAAGUUGUGGAGGAAGGACUAAGUUGAAACCAAUUGCGUGGCGCCUGAGGGCUGCAGCGCGUUCCGUGGCGGCGCUGAAGAGACCGGUUGCCGCCAUGAUAGAACAGCAGAAGCGUAAGGGCCCAGAGUUGCCGCUGGUCCCAGUCAAGCGGCAGCGACAUGAGUUGCUGUUGGGAGCGACGGGGUCGGGCCCCGGAGCCGGGCAGCAGCAGGCGACACCGGGAGCUUUGCUGCAAGCGGGACCUCCAAGGUGUUCCUCCCUUCAAGCUCCAAUCAUGCUGCUCUCUGGACAUGAAGGGGAAGUAUACUGCUGCAAGUUCCACCCCAACGGAUCCACCUUAGCAUCUGCAGGAUUUGACCGACUGAUACUGUUGUGGAAUGUCUAUGGUGACUGUGAUAACUAUGCCACACUGAAGGGACACAGUGGAGCAGUGAUGGAACUGCAUUACAACACAGAUGGCAGUAUGCUCUUCUCAGCAUCCACAGAUAAAACUGUGGCUGUGUGGGAUAGUGAAACAGGUGAGAGGGUAAAAAGGCUAAAGGGACAUACUUCCUUUGUGAAUUCCUGUUAUCCAGCCAGGAGAGGGCCUCAACUUGUCUGCACUGGCAGUGACGAUGGCACAGUUAAGCUUUGGGACAUACGGAAGAAAGCAGCUAUCCAGACAUUUCAGAACACAUACCAGGUGUUAGCUGUGACCUUCAAUGACACAAGUGAUCAGAUUAUUUCUGGUGGAAUAGACAAUGAUAUCAAGGUCUGGGACCUACGCCAGAACAAGCUAACCUACACCAUGAGAGGCCAUGCAGAUUCAGUAACUGGCCUGAGUUUAAGUUCUGAAGGCUCUUAUCUCUUGUCCAAUGCAAUGGAUAAUACAGUUCGUGUCUGGGAUGUCCGGCCAUUUGCCCCCAAAGAGAGGUGUGUAAAGAUAUUUCAAGGAAAUGUGCACAACUUUGAAAAGAACCUUCUGAGAUGUUCUUGGUCACCUGAUGGAAGCAAAAUAGCAGCUGGCUCAGCCGACAGGUUUGUGUAUGUGUGGGAUACUACAAGCAGGAGAAUAUUGUAUAAGCUGCCUGGCCAUGCUGGCUCCAUCAAUGAAGUUGCUUUCCACCCUGACGAGCCCAUCAGUAAGUCUGUCCCAACAAGGGGGAAAAGGAAACUGGAAAUCCCCCCUCAGGGAUCCUGGGAAUACAGAGUCAAAAAUGGGUAUCUGUUUUAUUCGAAUUUCCAUGCAAACACCGCCCCGGGGCAGGAGGCGCGCCUGACUGCUGGCCCGCCAGACAAAGGAGGCGCGGCUCGGCGGAGCCAGCGCGCGGGCGGACGGACCAUGGACUCGGAGCGCGGGCGGCCGGCCCCAGCCCUGGGGACCCGACGCUCCCGGGCCCGGCCCUAA